AUGUUGAGUGAUAAAAUCCUGCAAAUGCUUGAGUUCAACAACCAAACCUUGUUGCAACCUUUCAGUUCCUUAACCCUAAUGCAUGUGCUUCUACUUCUCAUUUUCCUUAUUCUCCUAUACAAAUCGUUCAUCACCAGCCCUACUACGAAAAACUCACCACCUUCUCCACCAAAGCUUCCUAUCAUCGGAAACCUUCACCAACUAGGCUCGUACCCUUAUCGCUCACUCGAAGCCCUAGCUAAGCGCUUUGGCCCUGAUCUUAUGCUCCUCCAUUUUGGAAGCGUGCCCGUUCUUGUGGUCUCGUCCCCUGAGACAGCCGGCGAGGUCCUGCACACCAAUGGCCUCGUCUUCUCCAGCCGGCCCAAGUUGAUUGUGUUCAAGAAACUCCUCUACGAUCACAGAGACGUCUCCUCCGCACCCUACGGCGACUACUGGAGGCAGAUGAAGAGUAUAUUCGUUUUACAUCUUUUGAGCAAUAAAAGAGUUCAGUCUUAUCGUGGUGUUAGAGAAGAAGAGACCAAACUGAUGCUCAGGAAGAUAGAACAGUCCAUAUCUUCGUCACCGGAUCAUUCAGCUGCUAUAAAUCUAACCGAAAUGUUUUCGAGUCUUACAAAUGAUGUGAGCUGCAGAGUGGCUUUUGGGAGGAAGUACUGCGUUGGAGAAGAUGGUGAAAUGUUUCAGGAGCUUUUGAAGGAGUUCUUGGAGUUAUUGGGACGUGUAAAUAUCGCGGACUACAUUCCAUGGCUUGCGUGGUGGAGCAACUUCAAUGGUUUGAACGCUAAACUAGACAAGGUGGCUAAACGGUUCGAUGAUUUUUUGGAAGGAGUUGUUCAAGAGCACAUAGAUAUUGAUGCAAGAAACGAGGACAAAAAGGAUUUUGUGGAUGUCUUACUUGGGCUGCAGAAAGAAAAAGGAGCUGAUUUUGCUCUUGAUAGACUUAGCAUAAAGGCUCUCAUCCUGGAUGUGUUUACUGCUGGUAACGAUACACACACAAUUAUAGAUUGGGCGAUGUCUGAACUUUUAAGGCAUCCGAGAGUCAUGAAUAAACUGCAAAACGAAGUAAGGGGAAUAGCAGGGAGCAAAACAAUGGUAACCGAGGAUGAUUUAGUUGGCAUGAACUAUUUGAGAGCGGUGAUCAAGGAGACCUUUCGCUUAUAUCCUACCAUUCCAGUACUACCUCCCAAGGUAUUGACGCAACAUGUGAAAAUAAAUGGUUACGACAUUAAAGUCGACACACAAGCUGUAGUAAAUAUCUGGAAAAUCAACAGAGAUUCAAAGUCAUUCGACAAUCCAGAAAAGUUUGAGCCAGAAAGGUUCUUAAAUAGCUCAAUUGACUUCAAAGGAAAUGACUUUCAAUUGAUUCCAUUUGGAUCCGGUAGGAGGAUGUGUCCGGCAAUUCAAUAUGCCUCAGCUAUUAUUGAAAUCGCUUUAGCAAACAUUGUGCACAAGUUCAAUUGGGCAUUGCCUGAAGGAGCAAGAGGUGAACAUUUAGAUAUGACUGAAACAACUGGUUUAAACUUGCGCAGACAAAAUCCGCUUAAAGUUAUUCCCAUAUCCCCCAUAUAUAAUGAUCAGCUAAUUAACUAG